AUGCCUAUGCUGCAGAAUAUGACAUCAUCUUCCAUCAUUUUCCUGCUAACUGGUGUUCCUGGGCUGGAAACCUUCCACACCUGGAUCUCCAUCCCCUUCUGCUUCCUCUAUGUAACUGCCCUCUUGGGAAACAGCCUGAUUCUCUUCGCCAUCGUCACUCAGCCCAGCCUCCACGAGCCCAUGUACUAUUUCCUUUCCAUGCUGUCCACCACUGACCUCGGCCUGUCCAUAUCCACUCUGGUCACCAUGCUGGGGAUAUUCUGGUUCAAUAAAAGGGAGAUUGGCUUUAAUGCCUGCUUGUCCCAGAUGUUUUUCAUUCAACUUUUCACUGUCAUGGAAUCCUCAGUGCUGUUGGCCAUGGCUUUUGAUCGUUUUGUGGCCAUCUGUAAUCCUCUUAGAUAUGCUUCUGUCUUAACUGACCUUAAGAUAGCACAGAUUGGAGUAGCAAUCAUCACCAGGGGGACAGUAACACUGACACCAAUGGUAGCACUUCUUAAAAGACUGUCCUACUGUCGCAGCCAUGUGCUCCACCACUCCUACUGCUUCCACCCCGAUGUGAUGAAGCUCUCGUGCACAGACACCAGGAUCAACAGCGCAGUGGGGCUGACUGCCCUGAUCACCACCGCUGGGGUGGACUUGAUCUUUAUUGUCCUCUCUUAUGUGUUGAUCAUUAAGACAGUCCUCUGCAUUGCAUCCCUGGGAGAGAGGAAGAAAGCCUUCAGCACAUGCAUCUCCCAUAUUGGGGCUGUUGCUGUAUUCUAUAUUCCCUUGAUCAGUCUCUCCUUUGUUCACAGAUUUGGGAAGCGGGCCCCGCCCUAUGUGCACACUCUGAUUGCCAAUGCCUACCUGCUGAUCCCUCCUGUAAUGAACCCCAUCAUCUACAGUGUGAAGACCAAACAGAUCCGCAAGGCUGUGCUGCACAUUCUUCAUUUAAGCAUGACAAAAAGCUAA